AACAGCCGUGAACAGUCUAAGGCGAGCCUCAGCCUGACUAAGUAGCCCCACCAUGUGCUGGCCUAAGGCCGGAUCUUCGUCUUACACCAAGACCCGAGGUAUAUAUCGACUGCCCGAGCAGCAAGCUCAGUGAUAUUUCUCUACCCCUGGAAAUCAGCACAAGACAGAAUAUGGGCUCCUUAUCAGCCUCGCAAAAGCGAGGCAUCAACCCUGAAGACAUCAACGCCCUUCAAUCACUCUUGUCCACCACAGGCGGCACCCUUCUCACCCCACACCACGAGGCGUACCCCGCGUCAAUAAAGCGGUGGUCGCGAGCAGCCGAGAAACCCGCCGGUGCCGUCCUGACACCCAGCACGGCUGAGCAAGUAUCCAUCGCGCUCAAAUAUGCUUCGGAGCAGAACAUCGACGUCGCGGUCAAGGGUGGCGGACACUCGACCGCGGGUGUGAGCAGCACGAAUGGCGGGCUCCUGAUCGAUUUGAAUGCCAAGAUGCGUGGCGUCGAGGUCGACAUUGCCAACAAUCUGUUUCGCGUCCAGGGCGGUUGCACUUGGGGUGAUGUCGACCAGGCGGGCACGAAGCACGGUCUCGCAACCGUUGGUGGCACUGUUGCCGACACCGGCGUCGGCGGAUUACUCCUGGGCGGCGGGUACGGCUGGCUCAGCGGGCAACAUGGCCUGUCGAUUGACUGUCUCGUCGAGGCCACGGUGGUUCUAGCGACUGGCGAGAUCGUCAAAGCCAGCUCCCAAGAUGAUCCGGAGCUCCUGUGGGCGCUGCAGGGUGCGGGUCAGAACUUCGGCGUUGUGACUGAGUUCGUGCUCCGGGCGUUCGACCAGGGUGAUGCAUUUGCCGGCUUGCUCAUAUUCCCGCCCAUGCCAGAGCUGGUCGACAAGGUCGUUGCCGCGACUAACGACUUGUACACGGCCGACAGCGCGGGAAAGACCAAAGUCGCUGGCCGUGGCACCGGUGGUAUUGCAAUCGCCCGGCCUCCUCCGGCGGGUGGCCAAGUCAUGCUCUUGGUUUCCAUCAUAUACUUUGGCACCGAACAAGAAGCCAAACAGGUAUUCAAGCCGCUGUAUGACCUUGGACCGGUUCUCGAUACCACGGCUGUGGUACCCUAUCCAACAGUCAACACGAUAUUAGCCCCACCGAUCGGCCUGCGCGCGAGCAUGAAAGGCGCAGCGUUCACAGUGCCCAUGCGGCCGGAGUUCGUCAAGGAUGUACUUGCAGAAUAUGUCAAGUUCACGGAUGGCAACGACGACACAAGCAACAGCGUCAUCUUAUUUGAGAUGUACGAUCCAGCGCAAGUGGUGGCCCGUGAAACAGGCAGCUUUGCCAAUCGUGGUUGGCAUCUUAAUGGCUUGGUUCUGCCUAUGUGGACGAAGCAAGAGAACGACAAGUCCUGCCGCCAGUGGGCGAGAGAUGUCAAUGAGAUGUUUAAGAAGGAGCUUGAGGCGCACGGGAAACCCACUGGAAAGGGGGUCGACGGCGGUGUUGGCGUGAGAGGCGAUAAAGGUGCAGUCCUGUUGUACGGGAACUACGAUCAAUAUGACGAGAAAUCCCGAGAUAUCUUCGGAGAGAAUUACCCUCGUCUGCAAGCGCUCAAGGCCCGGUACGAUCCGACCAGCGUAUUUGAUAAGUUAUUCGCCAUUGCGCCACAGGCAUAGUGGUGGACGGUCGUGUCUGUACAGGUAGUGGUAGGGACUGGAGGAUCUCGUGGGCAAUCGAAUCAAAUAUCUGAAAGGCCUCAACUUCGACAUGACUACCAGUUCCCACAAUAUCUGCAUCAGAAGCAUAAUCGGUGAAGUCGAACAAGGCUGCCCACGAAAAGGGGCAGCAGUGGCAAGCAGUGUCAUAUUGUCCGUGCGUUAGCACUGCAGCAGAUACUCUAGAAGUCUAGGUCAAAGAGA